AUGACAGUGAGGACGAGGAGGAUAUUGAUUCGUUGCUCGAAAAGCCAGUGGAGGAAGCGAAUGUUGGUAGCGUGAUUUUGCCGGAAGGUGGCGAGAAACGGCAAAAACGAGUGCUGAAACAUCGCGUAACAACGCCGUUUGAAUGUUUGCCUGAAGGAUGGGUGGAAGUGACGCAUUGCAGUGGUCUUCCCGUCUAUGUGGAGCGAAAAUCACGGGUAUGUACUUUUUCACGUCCAUACUGUAUUGGAAGAGGCAGUGCGCGAAAUCACGCUGUGCCUGUUUCGGCAAUCCCCUGCCUACAUCAAAAACGGGUACGAAAAGAAAUGGAAGAAGCCGCUGCGGCGCAGGCUGAUCGAGUCAAGAAUGCGGCCGAAGGUGGAGCAAACUCGGCUGAAGAUAUUAUCGCUCGAAUCCAUGCUCCUCCGGUCAAAGUUCAGUCCGUUCAAGAUUACAAGAAGGAGCAGCUGGACGGAGAUGCGUUAUAUGAAUAUGCCAAAAAUAACUUUCAAUUCACUUAUGUCCCGACAGUUCGCUUUAAUAAAUGGUCUGCAACCCGUGAUUUUCAUCGGCAACGUAAACUUGCCCAGGCAGAACGAAUGGGAAAAACGUCGGCAGCCAUUGAAGUUUCACUUGACCGUCCAUCACUCUCUUCGAAUGUGAAGCUAAUUACUGUGCCAUCAAUGGAAGCAAAUCAGAAGCCACAGCAUCGUAGCUUUUUCCUCAAUCCACAGGGCAAAACGUCGGUCAGCGUAUUGCAUGAAUAUGUGCAAAAAGUGCUAAAAAGCACGAUAAAUUAUGUUUUCUCAGAAACAAGGAACUCAGCAAUGCCUUUUGUUUGUUCGGCUCGUCUAAAAAUCAAUCAGAACAACAGAGUGCUGUAUGCAUCAAGUGUCCGAGAGAAGCUGAUGCUUCUACAGGAAAAACAAAUGCGCGAACAGCGUUUGCGGGAAAACGGCGAGGAACCUAAUGAAGGUGCUUUAAAAGUUACAUCAUUAAAUCAAAAUGAUGGUGCUGAAGAUGAGGAACAGAAAGCGGAAGACGAUUCAGUGGAACUUUUCGAUAUGAUUGAAAUCGAAGAUUCGAGAGUUUAUGAAAUAUCUGCAAGAGCUGGGCAGCCAUCGCCAUAUCUGCUACUUCAGGAAUGUUUGAAGCAGAAUGCAGCAUUUGGAGAUACGGAGAUAAAGCUGCAUUCCAGUCGUGUGAAACAUCAGCGCCACCAGUUCGAUAUGGAAGUUGGCAAACAUCGUGUCUCGGUGAUAUGCACAAAUAAACGCGAAGGAAAGCAGAAAACAUCACAAGCAAUGCUCAAAAAACUUCAUCCCAAUUUGAACACAUGGGGCUCUCUGCUACGUCUUUAUGGCCAUGAAACACAACAAAAGCAACAGGAAGCUCGAAAGAGUCGACAUAGCAUCAUCAAGUUGCAAGGUGCCUACUUUUUGACUUUUUUUUCAUUGUUUUUCCAAAUUAACCCAUUUUGUCGAUGUCAGUGCAGUGGGCAAAGAUCUUAUCCUUCCAUAUCUUGCUGCUAG